GCAUGAGCUGGAAGAAGGUGAAAGGUGAUUUGACAAGAGGAAUUGGAUUGAUAGUGUGGUUAGCCAAGCAAAGGACAGCGGGUUGUUGCUUGCUGUAACCAGAACAAUCAGGACGAAGGAAAAAACGGGGGCGCUUCAGCAGAGUCCAGUAGUGCCCUUUGCAGCGAUUCAUGCCGGAACGAUUCCACACUCCACUUCCGUGCAGCGGAUGAGCGGAUAGGGCUACUUUGCAUAGGAAAUGAAGGUAGCAGAGAUAUCAUCUGAGAGAACUGAAAUGAUGGAACCUAAUGAUGGAAUUCUGGGAAAUGGAUUGGAGAAAAAUGCCUCAGAAAAAAUGAGGCCUCUACUCAAUGGACAUUCUGGAACAGUCCAACCAUCUGCAGCUAGAAUACAGUUGAGGAAGACACAUGUUGUUGGUGCUGCCAUAGGCUUUAUACUCUUGGUCGUGUUAGUACUGGUCUUGAUCAGUGUCAUAAUUGUCCAGGAUGCAAAGAUAAAAAACCUCCAAGCUGUUGAAGACCUUUCAGUUGUCUCUCCAUGCCCCCGACAAUGGACUAAGAAUGAAACAGAGUGCUACUACUUCUCUGAAACUGAAGAUACCUGGAACUCCAGCCAGAGCUAUUGUUCUUCACAUGGUGGCCGGCUGGCAGCAGUGGACUCUGCACAGGAAAUGGCUUUUGUGAAGGCCAAUAAAGCCUCUGCUGAAUAUUGGAUUAAUCUCCGAAGGGUGGAAACAACACAGCCCUGGAAAUGGUCUAAUGGUUCACUUGUUGGAAACUGGUUGCAGAUCGGGGGUGAAGGCUUCUGUGCAUACCUGAAUGAAAAAGCAGCCAGCUCGACAUACUGUGAAAACCGCCGAUACUUUAUCUGCAUCACUGCUGUCCGCCACAAUUGAGAGAAACUGGACAAGUGUGAAAGCUCUUCAAGAAUUUCAUUACGAAGGGUUUUCCCCCCAUCUUGAACAGCAAACUUUUAAAGCAGUUGCCUGGAGCUUUCUCUUUUUAACCACACUACUAAGUUUUGGUCUUGUUUUUCAGUGACAGACGGUUUAGUGACUGUAAGCCUAAGCAGUCACACAAGAUUAACAGUCUCUUUGUUUACAGUGGAUGGUUAGACUGAGGGCCAGCUGCAGCCAAGCCUGAAGAGUAUAUACAUGUGUGUGUCUGUUUAUAUCCCAGUUUUCUUGGAACAGAAAGAUGAAGGCAUGUAGCUUGUUCCAUUCCACUCCACACACCCUUUCACACUCUCAUAAAGAGUGGGCCUGCCCGUCCCAUGGGAGGGGAAUGUGUGUGCGCACAUCACUGAGGCAUGAGUGACAUCCCACCCCCCACCUUUACAUAGUGCCUUCUGGGGAGAUGACAACACACAAGAACUCAACGUUUCAUGUUGCGGCCUCAGCUGAGACUCUGAUAGGAGCAGUCCUGGAUGGGGGCAGGGCUGAUGAGCCUCUCCUUCCCCACCCCCCACCGAAGUUUGAAUCUGAAAGUUGAGUUUCUCUGCUUGAAUGCUUCUCACUGUUUUUAGUUGUACCUCUCAGUGUUUUGUAUCCUCCUUACAUGCUACAUCUACAGAUGUCACCUCUGUUUUGGAUUAGUUAUCUAGCAUUACCCAUGUAUCUGGCUUCUAUGCUUGCAUUCCCUAAACAUGGCUUAGAAUCACCCAACCUGUCACUGAGCUGGGUCUCAUGAUCCGUGAGACCCGGUUCUGCAGGGUGAGUGGGGAGAGUGGGCUACUGUAAGCAGUUCUGCAGAGGGAGCGGAGAGGGAGCCCUGGGCGGCCAGCUCGGCCACCCACACGGUUGCCGGCUCCAUGAUGGAGCCGGUGGGGUCUGAGGAUCUCGGGGGCCGCACAGCCCCUGGAAGCCCCAGUAAGCCCGGCGCGAGUGGGGCAGACCCCCGAGCCAGGAGGUCUACUCACGAGUAGCUGUGCUGCGGACCCGCGCCGCAGCUACUCACAAGCAGAUAGCCUGGGUUUGUGGAGAACUCACUCCGCAAACCCAGGCUAAGGGCAGGGGUUCUCGAGUGGGUUACCUGCUCUAGAACCACCGGGCUCGCAGCCGAGCCCGGUGGUUCUGACGAUCCACAAAAAUCGGGCUAGGCUUUCCUAGCCCGAUUUUUGUGAUUGUCAGAAUAGCCUCACUGAGUGCUGCCUCCUUAGCCUUGUUUUAAAAAGCAGCACUAAGGAGAAUGAAUUGUUGGUUGCACUUUCAAAUGCACUUAGGGUAUCCUCCCUAGCACUUAUUUAAAUCUAUGCUGCUGUCAUUUAAACCAUUUUCUAUUUAUUUGUUUGUUUUGUUUUUAUUUUCUGCUUGGAUAAGCAGAAUAUCUGUCUGUCUAUUCUUUCUUUCUUUCUGUGUUUUUAAAAUUUUGUACAGCGCCUAGAGAUGUACAUAUCAGGUGAUAUAAAAAUAUGAUUAGAUAGAUAGAUAAUGGUCGGCUGCCAUUCUACGUAGUCUGGAAACUGCAAUUGGUACAGCAUGUAGCAGCCAGGAGAGGUUUGUCUGCAGUUGCCAUCGGCUCGUCUGGUGGCAACACAGGGAUGAGUCUUCUCUGUUGCUGGCCCGAGACUCUGGAAUGCACUCCUUGCUGAGAUAAGAGCCUCCCCCUCCGACAUCUUUUAAAAACUACUUAAAGACUUUUUUCUUCACGCAAGCUUUUUAAUUUGACAGUGAUUUUAAAUUGUUUUAAGGUGCUUAUGUUCUGUUUUUUAAAUUUGUUUUAUAUUGUUUAUAUUGUUGUAAACCACACAGAGAUGGAAGUUUGGAGCGGUGAACAAAUUUGAUAGAUAAAAAUAUAAAAAACCA